UAGUGUGGGACACUUAUGGAAUUUAUAGAACGUGUAGAAUGUUCAGUGUUUGCGCUCGAUUCUUUUCUCACGGUGCGUUGGUUGGAAAGGUUCCAUCCACGCGCACUUUGGUGGUUUAGCGCGUCUGCAUGGCGCUUCUCGGGCAAUGUAAACAAGUCACGAGACCGCAUGAGCUCAAGAAGGCUAUCGCAACAGUGACGUAUUGAUGAGAGAGCGACCAAAAACAAGCCAAACGUGACAUCCUAUUGGCUGUCUGCACAUUCACGUCUUCCGCUGAUUGGCUGAGAAGGUGAAACGGUGUUGUCGAUGGACUCAACAACGAUAGUCAACAACAAUACCACGGCUGGCAUGAGAUCAUAUUCGCGGUAACAGGCAUUUGAUAGUCCGAAUCAGCACUUAUGGUAUAAUUCCAUGCGAAGACAAUCAUUUGAUGUGGACGUGGCUUGGUAGGGCUAACCGCUGGCGUAAUCAUGAGUGUUUAGUCGGCUAAUUUAUUCCAAAAUGAGCGUUAACGUUAUUAGCUUUCGUCGCCACUAUUGUUGAUUGUUGGGUGUGUCAGUUACCAUGAGGCAAUCAAUAUUGAUUUUGACUUGGAGAAAUAAUUUAGGAUAGUCAGCAGGAAGGAAAGUUUAACAUCAUCGAAUCCACGACCUGGGAUUUUGACACCUUCCAUCUAUUGUCCAGGAUUUUACCCGGACGCAGAGGUUCCACCAUGGACAAUAACAUCGGCUCCAGUACCGACCCGGCCAGCCGGGAUGAAAGUGCGCUUCCUGCAGAAAAGAAGACAGGUGGAAAAACUGGAUUCAGUUCCCCAGAAGACAGCAACCCAAACAACAUAAUACCAGUGGGGGGUCGUGUCCGGCUCUACUCCGAGUCUCAGGUGUACACCGUUAGCCGUUGCGAGGAGUUCCAGGAUGCUGCAGACGGUCACGGGGGUUCGUCCUCGGAGGAGGGGGGCAUGGGUGACGGCGGGGCCCCGUUCCGAGGGAGGUCCCAGUCGGCCCCGGCGGCCCUCUGGGCAGCCAAGCGCUACGGCCGCCAGCUACGCAGGAUGAGCGACGAGUUCGACACCUGGUUGGAUAGAGGGGUCAUGCAGAUGUGUGAGGACAGGCGUGUUGUUGGGGACAAAUAGCUGAGAACAGAACAGAGCAGAUGAGGAAGGAGCAGAAGCGCGGGGGCAUGUCAGGCAUGCGGGGAUGGUUCUCUUUCCUGUGGAGUCCGCAAGAGGAGGAGGGCCGAGAAUGAUGUCAUGUUACGCGGCCGGCAUGACGUGACGUAAUGUGGGGGAACCACUAACCACCCACUCAGGCCUACCGCCCCCGCCAACAACACGCCUGGAAGGAUGGCCAUCACCGCCACUGCCGUCACCUGACCCGUCUGCAGUUGCUUUUUUGAUCACAGUGGAGCUCCAGAUUCCAGUGGAUCCAUAACUCAACCACAAUGCCUUUUCUUCCCCUUGUAGAGAACACAAGCUUAGGGAGGAGGUUUACAGUAUGAGCCAGGCCAGGUUGCUGUCGAACUUGAUUCUGAAGACAAGAGGAUAGGUUUAUGUCUUGCAAUAAUUGGUUGAUUAAGUAGUAUUUUACAAAAAACGUUAACUGUUAGUUCAAUCCGACAAUCUCCAAAAGUGACAAUCUCUCUCUCGUUUGCUCUGAAAACAAAAAGUAAAUAGAUGGCAUCUCACAGAUAUUUAAAAUUAUUUAUCAAUAUUUACAAUUUUUAAAAUAUAAAAUAUUUGUAACCUAAGUGUUAUUUUGUUCAAUGUCCUUUAUAAGUAUAAAGUAUAGAUAUGAAUUGCUCAAUGUGUGCGUACAAUCAAAGGUUAGAUAAUCAGACAAUAAAAAUCCAAAUAACUGUUGGAACGCAUCAAAAGCGUGUUGGGAGUCUGGUCAUAAGCAUAGAUUAGAUUAUCGAUCGAGGACUGAUUUCUCCAGAGGAUGAUGAUGGUGAUGAUGAUGAUGAUAAUGAAAAUGGAGUGUAGUGUUCUGUAGUGACUCCUUUACCUGGCUCAGGAUGUUCUUUUGCCCUUCCCUGUGCCGUUGUGAACUACCUGUCUUUGGACUUAACCUGUGUAUGUAUGUAUGUAUGUAUGAACAGGAUGUAUUCAUGUGUGCGCGUGUCUGUAUGUAUGCAAGCAAGUCUGCUUUGAAUGCGUAGAAAUGUUUGCCUGAAGUACGCUUUGGCAGCUGAAAUGCCUCGUUCAUGUACAUUUGCAUUAUUUAAAUAUUUAUGGUGGAAAAAGAUACAUUAAUGUUAUUGCUGUCAUAUUUUUUUGCUUUUUUUCCAUUUUCUAAUUUUAUACAUUUCAUGUGUGCAUCUUGUUUUGGGAGGGGAAACUUUUUGCUGUACAGGAUUCUUGUAGACACCCUUUGUGUGUGUGUGUGUGUUAGUGUCACGUUGGUCAUGUGAAGAAAAGAACCCCCUUCACUUUGCCUAGUGUGCAUUAUUAACUUCACUUCGCAGUUAACACACACAGACAGUGCCUGCCACAACUACUGUUGUAGAUACACGUGGAAGGCCUCCUUGACACAUUGGGGGGAACUGUGAAGGCGCAUGUGGCCCAAAGCUGGUUGAGGUCUGGCCCAAAGUCCACUGCUAGCUGGUCUGGAUUGUCACCUGCCACCGAUAGGUGUGUAAAGGGCUUCUUGAUUUAUAUCUAGUCUUUUAAGAGAUCGGCCGGCCCUUUUUACUGCUGGUGCUCUACUUGAAAUUAAUGUGUACCUGACAUAUUUAAAAACGAUGCUGGUUUCUACCACUCUUUAUAGACAUUUGUAAUUUCAUACGUAUGUAUUUGGAUAACAUGUUUCUACUUGUCUUUUUUAUUGUUUCUACUCAUUUUUUUGUUUCUUUUUUAAAUGAAAAUAUUGAGCCGUGUUUGCAUUUCUUUUAUACCAUUUUUGUCAAAUAAACGCCUUUCAUGAACUGCA